AUGGAUGAACUCUUAUUCCAUUUAGUAAGAAGACGGGAUGAGAGAAUUUACGAAUUUUUGGAAAGGGAGAAAAAUCUAAUAAAUUGUAGGGAUAAGAAUGGAAAUACCUUGCUUCACUGGGCUGUCUUUUUAAAUGAUUCAUACUUAACGUGUUACUUACUAGAGAAUGGCGCUGACGUGAAUGCAGAAUCGGGAAAUAAACAGACGCCCCUAUUUUGGGCAGUGUCAGGAAAUAACAUAUUUAUGAUUCACGUGUUAAGAAGAUAUGGAUGUAACAUAUUCCAAGUGGAUGAUAAAGGAUAUAACUGCUUAACGAUAAGCAUACAGUACAAUUAUACUUUAUCUUUCCUAUAUUUAAUUCAUCUGAAGUUACCACUAAUGCAUAGAGAUUUUAACGAUUGUACUGUUCUGGAUUGGGCAGCAUACAAUAAUAACAUAUUUUUCCUUCGUCUUUUCUCGAAAUUUUCACAAAAAUUAUAUACAAUGCAUUUGAAAAAACCUGCCUCCAUUUUGCACAAGGCUAUUAUUGGAAAUGCUUACGAUGCGGUUGUCUUCUUAGUUCUACAUGGACAUCAGAAUGUGUAUGACAUCUCAACGGAUGAGAAGAAAAGCGUACUUCAGUUUGUUGAAGAAAACAAGGACAAGGUGGAUGCCAGAAUAUACCACUUUAUUACAUCUAAGAAGACACAAGAUUUGUGCAAAAGUAGGAGUAAAAAAAGAAAUCAAGACUUGUAUGAGCCCAAUGGGAUGAUCGGUGCAUAUCCGAUUGAAAGAAGGAAAAAGCUGCACACGAUGCGUAAGAUUCACUACACGUACUCCAACAAUAGAGCUCUUCUAUUAUACCCUGGAAUGAUUAUUCUUUCACAUCUUUAUUUAACAUGUGUAUACUUCUUUUAUACCAGAGGAACAUUCCAAAAGGAGAGUCUCAUAUUGGACAUGGUUUACCCACUAAUAUUUAUUCUUUACUACAUGGUCAUUUCGAGUGAUCCUGGUUACUUGGAAGAUUCAAAAAAUUGCCUGAACAGUCAGGUGGGAGGGGACAACCAAAUUGGCAAAGUGGGAGAUGCUGACAUGACACACCAAUUGGUGAACAAGCAGAAGGCACCUUCUCACGAAAUUGGAAACACAAUGGAGAGCGAAUGGCCAAAUGCCACUUUCUUAAAAGUGAUCCAAAACAUAGAGGAGGAGAUAACAAGAUAUGAAGAAAAGAACAAGGUUCGUCCAUUUUGUGAAAAUAUAAAAUGUAAAAACAUUAUGGAAUUAAAAAAGAGCUUGAACAUAAGGUUAGAUGAUGCAUGUGGAUUUGAAAUUAGCUCAUUUGAUAUAAAAAAGUUAUGCCCAAGCUGUUUUCUUCUGAAGAAUUUAAGAAGUAAACACUGUCGUUUCUGUGACAAGUGUAUUGAUCUGUAUGAUCACCACUGUGUAUUUACAUUAAACUGCAUGAGUGUGGACAAUGCAAAAAUAUUUCUACUAUGGAUACUAACAAAUCUUUUAUUUCACUCUACGGAGAUAUAUAUUCACAUUUCUAAGAUAAUAAGAAGUUUUGGUUUCUUUUAUACUACCAAUUUGUUUCGCUUAUUUUCUCUCUCGAUAAUUGUCAUAAGCAUAUUGCAUAUAUGGUUUAUGGGAUCCAUCUUCCUCAGAUCAGUCCUCAAUAUAAUUGAAAAUAUAACAUCCAAUGAAAAGUUUAAAAUGUACUCUGCAAACAUUUUUAUUUCCUACGAGUUAAAGAUAGACAAAAAUAAUGAACCAAUUGUGAUUCGUAAGUUCAAAAAUCCAUUUGAUCAAGGUGCCUUCAUCAAUUUAAUCCAUUUUUUUACAAAAUCUAAGAAAAAUUUAAUUAAAAUGAAACCACAGUUUAUUCACAUGGAUCAAUCUAUUGACAGUGCUCCUGUACGCAAUUUUGUGGAAAAAUUGAAUGAUGAAUUGUCUCGAUUUUACGCAUCUCGCUAA